AUGACAACAGGAAAAUCAAUGCAUACUACACGUUAUGAUACAUCAUCACGUCUCCAUAUUAUUGUCUUAUAUUUACUUAUUGCUAGUCUUACGAUAGCAUGGGGCAUUUAUUUUGUUCAUUUCUCUCGAAAUGUUCUAACACAUAUGGAAUCAACGUAUGCAGAAUUAAAUGUUAUUAAAGAACGAUUAGAAUCAGUUGAAUCUACACAGAUAACAGUUUCAGCAAAUGUAAAUGGAUUCGAUUCAUUACGUCGUCAAGCGAGAUAUGCACGUAUGAGAACAAAAUCAAGUAUUAAUAAGCAGCAACAACAAAAGCAGGAUUAUCAAGAACAACAAGAAUCAAAUUCAGAUUUUGUUGGUUCUAUUCAUUUUAAAGUGCCGCCAGUAGCGAUGACAACAUUUUGCGUAAAAUCAGUUGAUCAUUGUAAAAGAUUAGUCGCUGAAAAUGAAGAAUUGCGAGGUCCAAAAGGUGAACAAGGAAUACGUGGUUAUUCAGGUUUACCUGGUAUGCCUGGUGCUAUGGGACCACCGGGACCACAAGGACCAACUGGCGCAAUUGGUUUCGCCGGACCAACAGGUCCUCAAGGACCAAAAGGUGAUCGCGGAGAAUCUGUUCGAGGCGAACACGGUCCUCCCGGUCCCAUGGGCCCACCAGGAUUUCCAGGACCGCGUGGUGAAAUGGGUCUUCGUGGUACACCGGGUGUUUGUACAUGUCCUUCACCACAAGUAUCUCUUCAACCAUCAUCAUCAUCAUCACUAGCAUUUUUGCCAAGUGCAUCAGGUUCAGAUCAAAAACAAGAUUCUGCACGUCGAGAUGCUGUUCUUAGGCGUGCGCAAAGAUGUGUAUUUUCAUUUAUUGGUACACCUGUUCUUCUUAAAGAAGAUAAUUUUACAUUUGGUGCUUGGUUUAAAGAUCCCAUGCCUAAAACUGCUAAUGGUGCUCAAAAAGUCUAUGUAACACGACAUGUUACUGGUACACUUUUAUAUGAAUAUAAUAGUGAAUCAGAUUUAAUUAGUGAUACACCUAAUCGCAUAAUAACAUUACCAUAUCCAUAUUCGGGUGUCAAUCAUGUUGUCUAUCAAGGAAGUUUUAUUUAUAAUGUUCAAUAUAAAAAUACAAUCAUGCGUAUUGAUCUUGUUUCUGAAAGUGAAGCACAAAGCGUGGAAAUAGUUGCUAGCCGUGAACCUCUUUAUAAUACACCACAAUCAAGUUGGUAUGAUUUUUCUAUUGAUGAAAAUGGUCUUUGGCUGUUGUAUCGUCAACAACAAACACGCAACUUCAUCGCAGCUAAAAUUAAUCCAGAUACAUUAGAUACACAGAAAAUGUGGAUAUUACCAUAUAAUCCGUCAAGUUUAAGUCAAGGUUUUAUAGCAUACGGCGUUUUCUACGGUGUACAACAUUAUAAUAAACAGCAAUCCUAUAUUGAUACUGUCUAUGAUAUUUAUUCGAAUUUAGCGUUUACAACAAUGAAAAUUCAAUUUGCUGUGCCAUUUCAAUUUUUAGUUCAAUUAACUUACAAUCCAUAUGAAGGAAAAAUAUUUGCUUGGGAUAAUAAACAUUUACUCUACUAUGUUUAUAAUGUUCAACGUGACAAAAGUUUUAAAUGUUCAAAAUAA